CAAGUGCAUACAAGUCGAUGUUUCACCUGCAUGUAUCAACCAUGUUCUUGGUGUGGAUAUUUGUCUGCAUCACAAGUGUUUUUCACUCUUGUUUAGGAGAGAAUAGUCAUCUGCAUGACUCCUCUCCUGGGGACAUUAUUAUUGGAGGACUUUUCCCCAUCCACUUAAAAACCAACAGAACCACGGUGCAUGGAGCACCCACCUGUACUGACUAUGAUUUCGAAAUGUUCCUGCGUGCUCACGUAAUGAUACACGCCAUCAAAGAAGUAAACCUGCGAGGAAUUCUACCCAACUUAACCAUAGGAUAUGACAUCUAUGACACUUGUGGAGACGUCAGCAUCGCCAUUAAAACAGCACUCCAGCUGCUGAAGAACCAGUCAGACCCUCAGAGCUGCUCACUGCCUAAAAAUGAUUUGCCUGAACCCAAAACGAAGGUGGUGAUCGGUGAAAGGUAUUCUGAAAUGUCAGUAGCCGUUGCACGAAUUUUUGCUCUGUCAUCAGUUGCCCAGAUUAGUUAUGCAUCAACUAGUGAGUUGCUCAGCAAGAAGUACAAGUUCCCCACUUUUCUGCGAACAGUACCAAGUGAUGCAUAUCAGACAGACGCCAUUGUUCAGCUAGUGUUGGCGUGUAAUUGGAAAACUGUGGCCAUUGUGGGAAGUGAUGAUGAGUAUGGAAAGUACGGCAGUGACCGCCUUGAGGACCUCUUCAAUAAUGAGACAGUCUGCAUUGAAUUCAUUAAAAUCCUGCCUGGUGACUUUCACCGAAACAGUUCAUUGCUACCUGACCUGGUAAAAAAAAUCCGUAACUCCUCAGCUGAGGCCAUCAUCUUGUUCACCAGGGAUGCCUAUGUUAAGAUCAUUAUGGAAGAAGCUAUUAAGUGUCGCCUCAAUAGAACAUGGAUUGCAAGUGAUUCGUGGUCCACCUCUUCACUGAUCUCUGAAAUGCCAGACAUUGGUUUGGCAGGGCAAGUUUAUGGAUUCAUCUUUAAGAGGAAUGAGGUUCCUGGUUUCAACGACUAUGUCAGCUCAGUGUUUAACGGAACUACGAACAGCUUCAUCAAUCAUUCCCUGACUAAUCCACUUUGCUUAAAUCAGUCUGUGGAGAACCAAAAGAAAAACUGCUCACAGACCAAAAGCCAGCAGUGUCUGCACCCCAGCUGUUUGGCAGAUUACAUUGACCAGGGUGAAUCUUACAGUAUCUAUCUGGCUGUUCAAGUGAUUGCUGAUGGUCUCAGACGGUUGCUGAAAUGUGAUAACCAGCGGUGUAAACGUGGCCCCAAAUUUACAGCUUUGGAGCUUCUCAUGGAAAUCAAGAAGGUUAACUGCACUAUAGACACCACUCACAUAUUCUUUAACAGUGAAGGAGACCCCAGUUUGGGAUAUGAUAUCGUAUAUUGGAACAUGUCUGAAUCCAUGCAGUUAUCACAAAUAGAAACUAUUGGAGAAUACUUGCCAGAUCGGCCAAAUGGAACAAUCACAAUCCCAGACGAUCUUCGUAGCAAGAUGGAAAAUGUGACGGUAUCUGUUUACAACUGCUCUAAAAAAUGUGAACCAGGACAUGAAUUGAAAACACAUGCAAAGAAGUGUUGCUUUGAUUGUGUUCGAUGUGCAAGUGGAGAGUUUUCCCCUAAAAACGGUCAGCCGUGUAAGCGCUGUGGAGAAAAUCAGUAUUCACUCAGUGAAAAGAGGGACCAGUGUUUGAACAAAACUGAUGAAUAUCUCUUGUGGUCAGAUCCCUUCUCUAUCAUUUUGAAUUUCUUGGCAUGCGUUGGGAUAGUUGCUACCGUUGGGUUUACUGUUCUGUUUGCAAUUUAUUACUCAACUCCCAUUGUCAAGGCAGUUGGAGGCUACUUGUGUUUUCUGGAACUUUUUUCUCUGCUGGCUAGCUUCUGCCUUUCCUUUAGCUUUGUGGGCAAACCCACCAAAGUUUCAUGCUUUUUAGGCAUGCCUUUCUUUUUCAUGGCCUUUUCCGUCUGCAUCUCCUGCAUUCUGGCUAACUUGCUUCAGAUCUUGGUGGGCUUCACAUUUGAUCUGAACGUAGGAUCCUGGAUAAAGAAACUUAAUCGGCCGCUUGCUGUGGUGACCAUCGUCUCUGGGGUCCAGUUGGUUCUGUCUGUGUCAUGGCUGGCCAUACAACCCCCAACUCCUGACAAGGACAUGUCUGAAAAGACUAUCGUGCAUCAGUGUGAGAUUAGGUUCAAUGGAUUCAUUUUAGCCAUGGCAGCCUAUCAGGCUUUAUUGGGCUUUAUUUGUUUCACGUUUGCAUUCAAAAGUAAACAGUUGCCAGAUUUAUAUAAAAAUGCAGUGCUGAUCACCGUCAGUAUGCUGCUGGUUUUAAUCAUUUGGAUUGUCUUCACCCCACUUUAUCUCACUCUGACAGGGAAGUACAAACCAGCUAUUGAAAGUGCCGCCAUUCUCAUUUCUAGCUACAGCGUCCUCGGCUGUCACUUGGCCCCGAAGUGUUACAUUAUGGUGUUCAGAAAGGAGCUUAAUAAUGAGAGCGCCAUCACCGAGUGCAUCAGGAAACAUUAUGAGCAGAAGGGCAUAGCUGUGGUGAAAUCAUAAUUCCACACGCAUAUCCUUAAAUUCUUUGUGGGUGCUGUGUAACAACUGUCUGAACAGAAACACAUCUUCCCAUUGGGAAAUCACAGCCCACAAAAUGUCAUAUUUGACCUGAGCCUAAACCAACCUUUCAUGACUUUAUAUAUUAAAUCAAAGGCUCAAUAUUUCUGGAAAUACAUAUUAAUUUUCUUGUGUUACAUCUUUUGGUUAAUGGUUCUGUGUGUAGCCUUUCAGAGCCACUAGAUGUUGCUAGAGCACCGACAUCUCACAGCAAAACAAACACAUCGACCACACCUCUCCUCUCUCUCUACUGUCAUUUACAACUAGAAAGUACAUUAGAUAUACAUUGAAUGGCUUGAACAAGUUGUUGUCAGCCUGAUUACCACUAUUUUCUUCUGACCUGUCCUCUUUCUCUCUGCUUGUGUCUGUUCCGCUCUGUGUGUGUCUGUUUCCAUGGUCCAUUGGACUGGAUCAGACCCAUGGACGUACCCGACUGUUUUUAGUCCGUCUCUGAACAGUUUUAAGGCACUGGCUGAUCGCUCAACUGCACUUUCACAUUUCCAAACUGGUGUGGGGGGUUGCACUAACUCUGUUCAAAACCCAGAGGGGGCCAACAGUUUCAAAAUGAGGGACCUGAGUGCACUACAGUAAAAAUACAACUGGACCAAACUGCCUUUCCCCACUAGGGGUCAUGUGGUAGUACAAAAAAACUAGGAGAUAAGCUGCACAGAUGUAUUAAUAUUUAGAGAGCACAUACUAAUAAACCGAGUGCCAAUUGCUGUAUGUACACUGACAUUUGAUUUGCUUUAAUCGAAAUACUCUUUUCUGAAAAUCAGAAUCUGUUUGACAUAUAAAUCUGUCCUCUUAACUUUAAAAAUAUUAAAGAAUAAAGUAGCAGCAUGUUCACCUGCUUAGUUCAGUUUAUGUCUGUAGUUCUAAGCAGGUGCUGGCAGGCUUAGGAAAAGAAGUUGAAUGUAGCCACAGUUCACUUAUGUUACCAAUCUGUGUGCCUACCACUGUGUUUAUUCAUUUGCAUCGACUUUCAUUGAAAUAUUUUUACUACCACAUGACCCUUGUGGGGCUCCGUACCCUCUGACAUGUUAUUUGAUUGCUGACAAAUGGAACAAAUAAAGAUAGCAGUGUGGCAUGUACGCUACUUUCUGCUAACAAUCCCUAAAUAAGCAUCUGAUUGACCAGAAAAAGUAAUAGCAAGUGUGGUUCUGUCAAACAUGAGCAAAGUCUACUAAAUAUCACACUAAAGUCAGUUUAGAAAGUAUGCUUCUUCACAUUGUGAAGAUUGUAAAUUGGGACUAAUUUCAAACAGAAAACAUUCAUAAAUUGCUAAAAUUCCUGCCAUCCUACACUCAGUAGCCCAUAAUGAGAAAGUGAAUUAGCCAUUAUAAAGGUAUUUAGACCAAAUUGUGGUGAGUUGCAGUUUGUUUGCACCAUUAUCAUUAAGAGGUGUCCAGAACAUUACGGGAAUCAACAUGACUGAACAGAGAUCAGAAAGCCUCACACCUGAGUAAACAAGAUCCCACAUUGGCAGUGCAUGUCAGGACAGCAAAUAGACCAGUGCAACUCUGUGUAGAUCCCCAUGACCAAACUGUGGUGAGGUGCCAAGGCAAGGGUGAAAAACCACUUCUAAAGCUGUUUGUUUCCAGGAGAACAAUGUCCUCUGUAAUUGUGAAAUGGAAGAAGUUUAGAAAUUGCUUGGUCCAGCACGUGACCAGAGUUGCAACGGUCCCUCUAGCAGAGCUUCAGAAGACCGCAGCAGAGAUGGGGAAAACCUGCUAGGACAUGGCUUCUAAAGAACUCUGAGAGCAUGAGAAAAAAAGAUUCUCUAUAUCUGACAAACAUCAGGCACUGUUCAUCACCUGCUAAUAUCUGCUCUAAAGUGAAGCAUGGUGGCGGCAGCACCAUGCUGUGGUUGUGCUUUCCAGGAAACUGCUCCGGGUUGACCCAAAGCAUAUAGCCAAGACAACAUUACUGUAGCUUUGCAACAAGUUUCUGAGUGUCCUUGAGCUUUAUGAUGCUUUGCAGCUAAUCUGUUGGUCUGAGAAGAUCUGUCAGGAAUAAUCUGAUAUGUUUCUCAAAAUCAAGCUGUACAAAGCCUGGGAUGACUUGCACAAGAAGACCUGAUGCUGGAACCACUGCCAAAGUGGCUUCUACAAUUAAGGGUCUGAAUACUUUUGUAAAUUCAGUUUUUGAUUUUAAAUACAUUUUAAUACAUGUUUUCACUUUGUCACUAUAAAUUAUUGAGUGUAGAUUGAUGGCAAAAUUGUCCAUUUAAAAUUAAAUCUACAAAACAAUUCAUUGUACAUGAUGCAAAGGAGUGUAAAUACUGUCUGAAGUAACUCUUUAUGUGAUUAGUUGAAUCCUUACCAAGACUUUUUGUACUGAUUAAACAAACCAAAUAUAUUAAUCCAACCACUCGUUGGCUGAAGUCUACUAGAAUUGAACAAAUAGACAGACAGAUAGGAGAGUAAUAGUCUUCUCAUCUGUCAGAAGUUGAAUAAAUGCAUUUCCCAAAAAGUUGAGUUAUACUUUCAUCUGUUUGACAGUCUUCACACUAGCUGAGCACACUAUGCUGUUUGUACCGCCUGCUACUAGUAUAAAACUGUGAAGCUGUAAAUGUUCAGUCUUGCCUUUAUUGCAAACUCCUGCUUCAUGGCCAUUGUUACCACUGCUAUCGUGAGAUGAUUAGUAACGACUGAUUGAUUUUUCAGUUUAUAAAGCCUUGUUAUAUACAACACUAAAGUAAAUAUAGGUGUCUGGAUAAGUUAUGUGAUUGCUUUCAUUUUUGUGUAAACCUGUAAAUAGUGUAUAUUUUUUCUUAUUGUGUGUUUUCAUAUUUUCACAUGAAUCAAAAGAGAUGGGCUUUAUGUCUGUUUAACUUUAAAUUAAUUAUGUUAAAUGAGUGAUAAUGCUUUAUUUUGUUUUUCUUGUGCUGCUGCUAUUUAAAAUGUUCAAAUAGUGAUCAGUUCAAUCUUCACAUCUGUCCUAAAUGAUACGAGUCAGUGUAACGAGCCUGUAACAGCAGUGAUGUGAUUCCAUCUCUUGGUUCUGGCUGAAUUCUGAACAGUCUGUGGUCAGUCAAUAGAUUGUUUGGUUCAGGAAGGUAAAGAUGCUGUGGCAGUAACCCUGGCAUGACGAUGUAAAAUGGUCUGUCUGUAAAUUUUGAUCAUAUUUUCUGAAUAUUUCUCGGAUGAUUAAAGCGUGAUUGUCUAAA